GGUAGGGGGAGAGAGAGAGAACGAGAGUGGAGUUGCAGGGCCUGUAAAGAAAGGACCUGGAAUAAAACUGGAUUUUUCUUCCCCUCUGUCAAGUAUUUUAUAUAAACGUUCUGAACUGCACAGGGGUUAUUUGCAUACCUGCCUCCCCGCCCGAUCCGACCGGAGCUACACCAAGAAGGACUCCAUGAAAGAUGACAGAAGAGGUAAUUGUUAUAGCCAAGUGGGACUACACAGCGCAACAGGACCAAGAACUUGACAUCAAGAAGAAUGAGCGUCUCUGGCUCCUUGAUGACUCCAAAACAUGGUGGAGGGUAAGAAACGCUUCCAAUAAGAUGGGCUACGUCCCGUCCAACUACGUGGAACGCAAGAACAGCCUGAAGAAAGGAUCACUUGUAAAAAACCUUAAGGACACAUUAGGCCUGGGCAAGACCAAGAGGAAGACAAGUGCUCGAGAUGCCUCACCCACUCCCAGCACAGAUGCUGAGUACCCUUCUAACGGCAGCAGUGCUGACCGCAUUUAUGACCUCAACAUCCCUGCCUACGUCAAGUUUGCCUAUGUCGCCGAACGCGAGGAUGAGCUGACGCUGGUGAAGGGCACCCGGGUGACGGUGAUGGAGAAAUGUAGCGAUGGUUGGUGGAGGGGCAGCUAUGGGACCCAGGUGGGCUGGUUCCCCUCUAACUACGUGGUGGAGGAAGGGGAUGAGGCCUCAGCUGACUCCCCCAGCUUCCUUUCCUCGAGACAGGGCGCCACAGUCAGCAACGGCCAGAACACCAAAGUCCUCCACCUUGUCCAGACUCUGUAUCCCUUCAGCUCCGUCACUGAAGAGGAGCUGAACUUUGAAAAGGGAGAGACCAUGGAGGUGGUGGAGAAACCCGAGAAUGAUCCCGAGUGGUGGAAAUGUAAAAACUCCCGGGGACAAGUGGGCCUGGUGCCCAAAAACUAUGUGGUCAUCUUGAGCGAUGGCUCUGCCUCCAGCAGCUCCCACUCUCCUCAGAUAAGCUACACCGGGCCCUCCCCUACAGGCAAGUUCGCUGGCAAGGAUUGGUACUAUGGAAACAUCACCCGGCAUCAGGCGGAGUGUGCCCUCAAUGAACGAGGGGUGGAAGGGGAUUUUCUUGUCAGGGAUAGCGAAUCUUCGUACAGGGUCACAGGAGAGCCGGAGCCUUUCUCAACAAGCCACAGGUGCAAGCCAAGUGAUUUCUCUGUAUCACUCAAAGCAUCAGGAAAGAAUAAGCAUUUCAAAGUGCAGCUUGUAGAUGGCGUGUACUGCAUUGGCCAGCGGCGCUUUAGCACCAUGGAUGAGCUGGUGGAACACUACAAAAAAGCUCCUAUCUUCACCAGUGAACACGGAGAGAAGUUAUACCUUAUCAAACCUCUGCAGUGACCCAGGCUCUGGAAUGGGCCUACAUCAGGCCUGUCACAGCUAGAAGCCUUAGUUCUGGACUUUCACUUUUACAGAGCAGAGCCAUUUCUAUACACUUUAAUUCUGUUUUUUAUUGCUAUUAUUUAAACAAAUAAGCAGACAGGAAAAUAAACUGGGGCUCGUAAUGAAUGAUUUAGCUCUGUUAGUGGCUGUUUGUCCUUUUUUAUUGUUUCUAUGCCCAAUUGUCCUUCAGUUCUUUUGAACUUAACCUUUCCCAAGGUUGAAAAAAAUGUCUUCACUAAGUGACCAUUUUAAGCACUCGCUUUAUGCCUUGGCUGAGAGCUCCUUCUGUAGAUGUUGUGCUUAGGAUGUAUUGAAAAACUGGGGAGGAGAAUUUCACAAUCACAAGACAGUGUUAAUCCGUUUCAAAUUGCUCUCACGCAAGCAGGUUUCCUUUAGAGACUGUCAAAUGGCACUGAAUGCACUGAAGCUAAAGAAAAGGAAAGCCUAUAGGUAAAUCAGUUGUUGCUGUGAAUUCUGCAGUUUUUGCUUCACAGGUAGGCAGUCACAAGAACCUCUAAGCUCUCUAAUACCAGUGAGCAAUAAAUGCAUAUGAACAGUCCAAAGUUAUGAUACAACUGAUUUUACAUAGAUUAAAGAUUGUAGAAUGAAUCUGCCUAAAUCUUAGAGGGGGAAAUGAUUUUUGCCAGAGAGAGGUCUCAAAGUUGCUUAGAAAAAAAAAACUCAAAAGUGAGUUGAGAGUUGAAUGUUUGUUGUACAACCAAAUGUGCCACCCACAUAACGUGUGUCCCUUUUGCCCUACUGCUUGUUUCAAUUAAAUAAUUACGUAUUUAAUUCUGAGAGUAAUAAGUACCUGUAGCUGUGGACACUAAUAAGAAUCAUUAAAAAAACAUUUUUAUUAUUUACAUUGGAAAAUGUUUACCAACAAAACGUCGUUGAUAUUAAGAAUUCUCAGCUGUUUUAAAAAAAGUAUAUGUCUGAAUGUUCUCGAGCAUAAUUAUUUAAUUCUUAUUUCCACUGUAUGUAUAUUUAAAAAUAAGGUGCAUAUAUAAAUUGUUUAGAUCCAGCAACAAUGUACUGUACUUAAGACAGUGUGUUGACAACUGAAAUACAUUGGUUCAAUUAAAAUUUUGCAAAAUAA